AUGAACGAUUCAUCAUUUGAAGACGUUGAAACUCAAUAUACUAAAGAUGCUGCAAAACGAUUGUUCCAUAGAAAACACUUAUUGAAUAGAAAGUCCAUGCCAAACUUAGGCACCAAUUCUGUAUCCACAAUCAGCUCUGACGCUACAGCAGUUGUAAAUCAAUCUACAGAUAUCUAUUGGAAUCAAAACGAUCAAAAUGAUAGGGCUAUGAAUCCAUCUCAUAAUAAAUACCAUGACUUCCAAUCCAAGCAACAAUACUUUGAUAAAAUGAUACAAAGUCACAGAGAAGAUCGAUCUCCAACAAAGAGGAGUAAUUUAUUUGCACAUCAAGUCAACAAUGUGGUACCUCAUAAUAAGUUAUCACAAGAGAAACAAUAUUUGAAACAUCCAAAAUCAAUGAUGGAUUUACAUGUUAGGAAUCAAAAUAACGAGAUAAUAUUAAAUUCUAAUGAUAAAUUGAAGAACUCUGUUUCAUAUCAUAAUCUAAGACAACCUACUAGGUCGAAUUCUGUUAGAUUUAAGUCCUCUGUCACUAAACUGAAUAAUACAGGGUCCACACACAUUUCACCGAUUAGAGAAUAUGUAGACGACGAGCCAAAUUACGGAUAUGAUGGUUAUAACCAAUUAUUAGACAAAUAUAAUGAUACAGUCAUUAUAUCAAGAGCAGAUAAAGAUGAAGAUUUUUUGAACAAGUUUUCUGAUGAGAAAGAGACAAUAGAUGAUGGAUUCCCUGAUAAUAAUAUUCUAAAGCCGCAUUAUCUUUCUACUUUAUCCAAUCAUAAUAGAAUGAAGCCAUUGUCAUUUUCGAAAGAUGAUAGUAAUGAAGACUCUAAUAGUAUUGCAAGAGAGGACUCAGGUAGAUUAAGGAGGAACCCAAUGUCCAGAAUUAAAACUAUUAAACAAACAAUAGAUUCAAACAACCUUGAUACUAUAAGUGUGAAGCAUUAUAAUAAUAAUAACGAUGUUGACGACGAAAAUAUUUAUUAUAAUCCUCAGACAAGCCAGUGGAUUAAAAACAUUGAUGACAACGAUGAUGAUUUAGUGCAUAGAUUUGAUGAAAUGAAUAUCCAUGGAAAGAAAAGAAUGAACUCUAAGAAUAAAGAUCAAAUUUACAGUUUAAAAAAUUUGAAAAGAAGAUCUCAUUCAAGAAAACCAACUAUUGUAAAUAAUAUGGUUUUAGAUGAAAAAAAUCAAAGAUGGGUGAGUAUUAGUGGAGAUGAACCAGAUCCUUUUGUAGACAUACCAGAUUUUCCAACGUCAACAAUAAAACAAAAGAAUAGUUCUAUAUUCCUUCGAUCACAUAGUAGUAGGCAGGAUGAACCUCUAACAAGGAAGAUUACAAAAAAUUUUCCAAGAGAAUAUAGUUCAAUGAAUCAAAAAUUAAUAAGGUCUUCAUCAAUGUGGAAUUUUAACAGCAAUAAUGAUAAUAAUAUUACAAAUAAAUAUUUUAUUGACUCGUAUACCUUAGAGAAAUUCUAUCAUGAAGAGAAUAAAUGGAACAAAAUGGUUGGUUCAUGGUUUGUGGCCGGAAUAAAUAAACCAGAUAUAAUGAAUAAACAUGACAUUCUUACAACAAAUUCGACUUUAACAAACCAAGAUAGGAAUAGUUUUAUGUAUGAGAUUAGAAAUAUGGUUAUGAAUUCGACUCGCCAAUAA